AUGGCCACCAUGGACGACCUCAUCGCGAUGGCGGGCCAGCUUCACAUGUCCCAGGAGGCGCUCGACCUGAACAGCUUCAAGGCGCAGCUCGCGCGCACGCUGGUCCUCCCCAUGCCGAUCCCGACAUCCACUACCGGCUCGAGCCCCGCGUCCGAUGCGCCGCUACCCUCCCCGACGAGCUGCGGCUCCUUUGACGCCUUCCCCUUCCCCGCUCCCUCGCAGGGAUCACCAACGCCGGCCUACCAGUACCAGGAGGACGACGCUGCGCUCGCAGCCGCCUUCGCCGGCGACGCCUUUGCCCCCAUGGUCCAGCAGAAGCAGGACCCGUGGUCUGCCUUCCGCCCGAGCUCCUUCCAGGCUCCGCCGCCUCAGUACCAACCCCCGCCGCAGUACACGCCCCAGCAGAGCCAGCAGCAGGACGCGAUGGACGCCGACAUGGCCGAGGCGAUGCUCUAA